GAACGUGCUUAGCUGGUUAUGUCGUGUCAUGGAAUUUGGCUGCUAUUUUGCUGCUUCAGAUUUGAGUUUCCAGGUCAGACUCACAGGUGGAUAGUGAUAGCCAGGUCUUAAAAGCCGCCUUCUCAAAAUGCUGUAGCUGAGCCUUUUUAAGAAAACACAGUUUUGAGAUCAGGCAUCCAUUAUUAUGCUUUAGGGGAAAGCUGGACACGCAAUUCUUAAAAAGAGAGGCAGAGAAUAUAUAGAUUGCGCAGCAGCUGGCAUAUUCAAAAGGGUAGGAGAAAACUGAUAACCAAGAAGCGUCUGAAGAGAUGCAUUGCUGUCUUCCGGAAUCAGUUCCUGUCCAGAAACGCGUGAUGGAGCUGGAGAAAACAACUUGAAAUACAAUCAGAAAGAGGAAGCACCCGGAACAAUAGAGUAGGAAGAGCGAUCCCUGGGAAUUGUAGUCUUUAGAGAGGAAGGUGAAACGAAGAGCAUUGCAGGCGAAGACUACAAUCCCAGAAGCCUUUGGGCACACCUGGAAAAGGCAGCCGCUUCCUGAAAAGCCGAGAGUGGGAAUCCUUAGCGUCAACAAGAGGGGGAAGAGAAAUUGGAUGCUUGAAAAUUAAGUCCCUCGAGCGUGGGAAGGGGGUGAGUACGGUGGAGAUAAUCUCUCCUUCUGCAUUUAUUUAUAUGUGAGCCAUUGCUCCUUCCAGAGAGGCUGGAUUUCAUUAGAAUCAUACGUCACUACGGACCGAUAAGGUGUAAUUUCCAUUGAAAUAGAUGGGAUUUACUUCGGCGUAGAUGUAUUUUAACAGCACAGUCCUAUGCAUAUCUGCUCAGAAAGAAGUCUCAGUGACUUCAAUGGGGCUUACUCCCAGAUAAGUAUUAGAAUACACCCUAAAGAUUGAUGACAUGAACAUAUAAACACCUGGCGUGAAAUAUUGCCUUUAAAAAUAAAUGAAUGAAUUGGUCCUUCUCUGAUACUCUGGUUUGGGGUGAACACUCGAACAUGGGGCGAUCAAUAGGAGAUUCCGGGCAGCGCAAAGGAAGUGGUUCUUCAAACAACCCAUAAUUAUUUUGUGGGAUCUGCUGCAGCCUGCUUGAUACGGCGGUGGCUUCUAUCUCAGAUUGUUUUAAAAGGGGAUCAGAAAUAUUCAUGGAAGAAAAAAUUACCAGUGGCUGCUAUUCAUGAUGGCUAUAUGCAGCCUUCAGGUUUUUGAGUCAGUACGCCUCACCAGUUGCUGGGAAUCACAAAAGGGGAGAGUUCUCGUGUCCUGCUUGUGCGAUUCAUGUGCUUGAUCACUGUGGACACUCAAUUGAACAGACCUUUGUUCUGAUCCAGGUCUUCUUACGUUCUUCUCUUUGUGUUUGUAUUUCAAAUGGUUUGAUACUUAUUAUGCCCUGAGUCACAGUUUAGCCCACACACUGGGGCUUGCUUGUGAGUUGUUCCAUCUCUUUAGUCAUCAUUAGUAACGCAAGCAAAGUGACUGUCUUUUUAUAGUUUCUGUACAGUGUUUUUGAAGGUUUCAAAACGGUGAUUACAAUCGGCUUCUCACCUUCCUUGAGUGCGAUAACCCAUAAUUGAAGGUGAAACAGUUCAUUUGCUGGCCACAGUAUAACCAGUAUAAACAUCACGUUAUGUUCAAAUACACUUAUCACAAGUGUUGACCCAGUUAUUAGCACAUAAAUGAAUCAAUGCAAGUCAUAUGUGGUUCUCGCUACAUUCUCAAAUUGAUCUUGCAUCCUUCUAAUUAUGAACUAUGGUGAUUAAACCCAAGCUCAGCUUGUAAAGCCUUCCCCAGCUUUGAAGGGAUGGAAAAAACUUAACCUGUUGAAUUUCUUCUUGUGUAACUGUUAGAGAUGCAUGAUCCUUGCCAGAUAAAAAUUGGCAACUGUACUAUGUUUUUACAAGUUAAUAUUAAGCACUGACUUUUCAUAUUUAAGGUUAGAUCUUACAUGUAGAGGGUAGCAGGUGGUACCAAAUGCACAAUUAAGUGCACGUCUGCAGUGCAUAUAUACAACACUCCACGCAGUCAGGAAUGCUGAAGAAAUACGGUUUCUGAUCACCUGGAGUGUUGCCUACACGUGUAUGAGAAGCACAACAUAGAUGUGAAUUUGAGCACCUCAGGUGAAGUCUGCAGCCUCCCUUUGUACAUAAAUGACUUGCACAUGCAGAAGAUCCGAGCCAGGCUUGUAUCUCAUAAAAAAAGUAUUACUCAUCUGUACAACACUUUUGGGUGCAGAGUGUUCUGCAAUGCUGUCAUGUGCCCUUAGGAUAGGUAUUGAGGAGCAAAGGUAGAAAAAUAGCAAAACUUUUCUCUUUUGAAGACUCAUAGGAAGAAAUGUAACACUGUCAUAGUUUGGGAAGAGUUGAGUAUGAAGAUGUGUUGAUGGAACUCCUUCCUACAGGCUUAGCACUUUUGGAGGUCAACUAUUACUGAAUAUUCCCCUGUGUAAAAAACUGGUAUUGUGCAAUAAGGGGAGCUGGCUCCAUACAUGUUAACGCUGAAGAAUUCAUCUUGGCCCCUGUUCCUUUUGUCCAAUCUCUAUAGCAGUGAUUCACUCCUACAUGUUAAUUGUGACGAUAACGAAGGGUUUUGAAGUGCUUUAUAUAAGUGAAGACUAGUUUGUUAUAUCUAUUGUAGUUGUAUUUUCUCCAGAAUUAAUUUGUUGUUCCCCCCCUAGAUCUAUUAGAAUUGUUCUACUACUUGCAAGAGUUCUGCUGUUAUUCUGGAUUUGGUUAAAUCUCUUGGUAAGUUUGUUCUUCUAACCCUUUAGAACAGGGGUUCCCAAAUUGGUCUGAGUUUAUUUUUUUAAAAAAAACAUUUUUAUUUGAUUUUUCCAAUACAAAAUUAAAAAAAUAAAAAUCCAACUACAUAUCCAUAUACAGAGAUUUCUCUGAAUCUCAGGACUUCCCCCAGCCCCUUCCCUGUAGCUCUGAUUUAAAUAUUUAAAACUGCAUCUUCUUCCAAACUCUAACUUUUAUAUCAAUCCAUAUUGUCCAUGGUAACUGUUACACCACAAGUGAAAUCUGGUCUGAGUUUCAGUCAUGUGGUCUGUGGCCGUCUGUGGAUUUCUGACUGAAGAUGGGAGAUGACAUAUCAAUCCCCUUAAAUAUUUGUGGUGAUUUUUAUUUGUAUUGCUUCUUUUACGUUGUAUUUUAUUUUUAUUACAAGUUGAAUUCUGUGGAAUGCAAUAAAAUACAAAAUAUAAAAAAGAAGCAGAUACAAAUACAAUUAAAAACCAUACAGCAUCUAGCACAAUGGCUACACCAGGCAGAAAAAUAAUUGUCACCCACCAAUACCCUCAGCAAAUUUCAAAUGGUCCAUGAGUGGAAAAUGUUUGGGAAAUGCUGCUUUAGAAAGAACUUCUCCCAACAUGCAACUGAAGGCAUAUUAAGACAUUAAUCUCUGAUCAUACAUAAUAAGUGCUGGUGUCUGUAAAGACUUAUUCUCAGCUUAGAUCUUUAUCAACUUAAUUUGAUCCUUAUCAGCAUGCAAAAGACUCAGUAUUAUGGUUGCAGGGUCCCUCCCCUCUUCACACACAUUAUUAAAUAAGCAUGAAACCUAGCUAUAACCUAACUAUAGCUGGAUAGUUUGGUGAAAGGCCUAGGUACACCGGAUCCCCUUUGCUAUACCAGCUACGCCUGCUGUUUUUUAAUUACCCACAAGUAGCUUCUGAUUCUGAAAAAAAGUAUUAUUUAAUAAGAGUGGCCCAUUGGAGCAGAGCCUCCUGCACAACCCAAGUGCCAAUGUGCCUUCUUCAGAAUUCAGUUUAAUUUAUAUUUCAAGACUGUCAGUCAUUUCUGCCUCAUUAUGGUUAAAAAAAGGGGUCGAUCAGAAUAUUUCUUUAUUAUUUCUUUAUCUCAUACAAUUUAUAGACUCAUUUAUUAUGAUUUUUUUUAAAAAACGAUCACAGCGGUUUACGAACAGAGUAAAACAGUAAAAUUAUCGUAAAAACAGCUAUUCAGAUAAUAAAUCUUGAUGAUUUAGUAAAGUUUUUUACCCCCCAGGAGGCAUUUUUGUUGGCUAAGAUGGGUUGCCGUGAUGUCCAUGCUGCGACAGUCCUCGCCUUCCUUUCUGGUACAGCUGCCUUAUCUGGACUUAUCGCCGCGGCUCUGCUGCCUAACUGGAGACAGAUGCGACUCUUCACCUAUAACAAGAAUGAGAAGAAUGUCACCGUGUACACUGGGCUCUGGAUUAAGUGUGUUCGCUUUGAUGGCAGCAAAGACUGCGUCAUCUACGAUACCGAGUGGUACACAGCAGUUGACCAGCUGGACUUACGCGUCCUCCAGUUUGCUCUCCCCAUCAGCAUGUUAACCACUGUCUUGGCUCUGUUUCUCUGUUUGAUCGGCAUGUGUAAUACCGCCUUCAUAACCACAGUGCCCAACAUCAAGCAGGCCAGAUGUCUCAUAAACAGUGCGGGCUGCCAUCUUGUGGCCGGCCUCUUCUUUCUUCUUGCAUGUGUCAUUUGCCUGACGCCAUCUAUCUGGGUCAUCUUUCAUAACCAAGAACUGAACAAGAAAUACGAACCAGUUUUUUCCUUUGACAUCUCUGUGUUUAUUGCCAUUGCCAGUGCAGGAGGCUUACUGUUUACAGCCAUCCUCUUAUUCCUUUGGUAUUGUGCAUGCAAAACGCUUCCUUCCCCUUUCUGGCAGCCUCUGUAUCCUCAUGCACCCAGUGUGCAUAGUUACGCCUCCCAACCUUAUUCUGCACGGUCACGCCACUCUGCCAUUGAAAUUGACAUUCCGGUUGUCACACACGCUUCCUAAAUGAUAAGCUGGAGAAGCCAAGUACCUGCUCGUUCUCUCCUUCGCCAAGGCACUGCAGGUGAAGUGUUUUCCCCAUUCCCUCAGAGACAUCUAAAAAUGUUUUACAAGGCUAGGUGGGAAAAAAUUGCUAUUGUAACUUGAUAGCUUUUCCAAUUUCUCUAUCUAGGAAUACUGCGGAGAUAGGAAUGUAGUUACGUAAGCGAGCCAUAAUAUUAGAAUUCUACUUGUUUUGGUAUUGAAGCUGUUCACAAGUUUCUAGUUCUCAUUAAAACUGGUGGCGUGUGAAUUCAUAGGUAAAUUAAAGACUGGGACCUUUUUGCUUUUUAUAUUUUGAACUAGUUUCUUCCAUGAAUUCUACUACUGAAAAAAACAUGCCUGCUGUGUUUAUAACCCAGUGCAUGAAACUUUCAUAUUUAAGUACUUAUUGUCAGUCCAAAUUUUUACCUAAUUCAAAAAUGCCUGGGCUGUAACAAUGUUUACCGAUAGCCGUUUUGUUUUGGUUUUUUUUGCUUAUUUAGAAACAUUUGUUUUGUUUAAUUAUUAAAAGAAUCACCUUUAAAUAAAAAGAAAUAUGUAUAUAAGCAGCAUUAUUCAAUAUAAUAAUGAAAGCAAAAAGUGAACAUCAAUGAUAUUUGUGACUUUCCAGAAAAUUACACCUAAUCUAAAACAACCAGAUUUUAAUAAGAUCAUUCAAAGAUAGCCAUUUUGUACUUUUUGAAAAUGAUAAACUUAGGGAUGUUGAUGAUUCAUUGUAAUAAUUCCCCCCCAUUGCAAUAGCAUAGCCUGCAUUUGAUUUUAGGUUUAGGUGAUAUUUCUUAAAGGCUACAUCUUUCUCUUUUUAAACAUAAGAUGUGACCAGAAUCCAUUUACAAUUAAAUUUUACAUAGUACAAUACUGAUAAUUCAAAUAGUCUUGGAAUUAUCUAAAGUUCACCAAUACUAGAAAUCUAUAUUAAUAGGUCCCCUCUGCACUAGACAUUUAAAGCAGGAUCGGGGCUCCUAACAACUCUCAGCACCCUUAACAAACUACAGUUCCCUUCAGGAGGAAGCCAUGACUCUUUAAACUGGAGUGAUACCUCUUUAAAUGGGGCCAUAGAAUGCUAUUAUAUUUUGAUAUAUAGUUAUAUUGGGCUUUCUGGGUUAUUUAUUUAUAACAAGGAUUUUUGGAUAACCAAAAUUCCUGUUGCUCUAACUUUAAAAAAAAAUCAGAAUUAUUUUAAACACCUUAUAAGUUCGAAUGAAAUCUGCUGCACUGUAUUCAUUGUUUGCUUAGCAAUGCCCUUUGAGCUUUAGACUGUGUUACUAAAUUAGGGUUAUUUUUAUGGUUUGCUGUAUUGAAAAUGGGCCUCUGAAUUAAUAGUAACACUAGUGAUUUCACAGUAUUUUUAUAUAAAUAAUUCUGAAGAUGAGAUUAUUGUUAGAGGCAGUGUUUGACUUGACUUUUUUUAGAGGACUUCUGGUGCUGUAGCUUUUCAUGUAGGUCAGAUUUCUACAUCUCUGACCUUGGUCUUUUCCCCUAUUCAUUAGGAAUCAGGUAUUUGGCUUGUGUUCAGGUAUUUUUUCCCCAUUUGGUGGUAUUUAUGCCUUUUGAAUAAUGAAAAAAAAAUACUAGCAGGUAUCAGCUAUCAAGGUUUAUUUUAAGUAUUCAGAAAUAUGGAGCAUAUAGUUUGAACUAUUCCUUUUUUUAAAAUCCACAAAUGGUUCUGAACAUACUCUGGAAACCAAGCCUUUACUCAUUUGUUUUAGCUGAAGGAAAACCUGGUUUUCUUAGUUUGUUAGGGCUAUAUAUUCUUAAAUAGUUAGGCAAGUGUAAAAAUAUGAUCAAAUCAAAGCACUUAUCAACAUGCCAUUUAUAGAGAGAAUUUUUCAUCUUUCAAACUGGGUGCCUGCAAAAAUUCUCUUUUUCUUUAAGCAGCAGAAGCUUAAGCUGAAGAAAACUCAGGAUCUUGUUUUACAAUUUGCAUUCCUCUAAACCCAAUUUCUGCGAUGUAUUCCAUACUGAUGCUUACUGUGAUUAAAAUUUUAGGUAGAUCUAUCCCGAGUCACAGGAGAGUUUUUGUUUUGAUUCAAAAAUUCACUGAAACAUGGCUACUUUGAAGUCUAUGGGGAUUAGGAACAGCAGCGUCCUAUUGAUUUGUUUACAGGUGAAAAUUGAAAGCUUUGAUAAGUGCUUUGCAGUUGCACUAUGUAAAAAUUCACCACAUGUGGUGAAUUCAGUUUGCUUCAGACAUUCACCGCUCAUGUGAUUGAUGAAUUCCCAAAGUAUGAGGCAGGCCUUAACUUUUAUGUACAGUUGUUGACAGAGGUAUAAUAUCAAUGAUGCUAGAAAAUGAAAUAAUUGCAUUCCCUUUUCCUUCUCUUUUCAGAGGUUAUAUAUCCACUUGCUUGUUUUGUUGAAGAUCCUGUGAUUCUUUCAUAGGCAUUCUGAAACUUAAAAAUGUGCUGUGCAGCUUUCUUUUUCUUCCCUUCCUUCCGAUGUUACCAGUUCUUGAUUUAACAUUGAUUUUUGUCCAAUGAUGUGUAAGUGGAAGGCAUCUUGAAGAACGAAACUUCCUUCCACGGAAGCCCCCUAGACUCUUAAAAAGCCUCUCCAGAUGAUCAGCAUGGGUUGUGUCACCCAGAAUGGCAGUGUGAAGGGCAAAUUACCUAAAAUCAGACACAGGAAUCUUGCUCCAGUAGAGCUCCACUGAGUGCAAGAUUUCUCUGUCUGAUUUCAUAAGAUUCCUGCUUUCUACUUUCUGCUGCAGUUCUGUGAGAUGCACCCAAAAUCAACACCUUAUGCUAUAUAUGAAGUUUCAGUCAGCAAAGGAAGGGUGGCAGCCUCCACACUGCAUGAAUGAUGCUGAGAGCUUCAAACGAUAGUACCACAUGGUUCAGUCAUAAUUCUAUAUGUGGUCCUUUUCUUUUAAAGCCAUCUGCUACAGGAACUUAGUCUAGAUGUUUGUAUUUUCAAACUUGGUAACUUCUUCUUUUAGUUUUCUGUUGUGUGCUUGCCUUAACAUUUUCUUUUAGACUGGUACUAUUGGUGCUACAAGCCAAAUGUAUUAGCUGUUGUACAUUAUCCUUUAAAGACAAGGUUACCCCAAAAUGCAUACCUAUUAAAAAUUCUGAACCUGCUUCUGUAUGCAAAAGCCAGUGGAUUUUAAUUUAAUUGUAAGCUGUCUCUUGAACUUUGAUCUUGUUUAGCUUGUACCAAGAGAAAAAUGUGAAUUUCAAUAUUUGUUACAGAAAACAAAUUUUCCAUCUCUGUUCUUGUGUUCUGCAUGAAUAUGUAUCCAUUUCUUCAGGGUUGCCUAAUAUAGAAUUCUCCUUUUGGCAUUUAGUUAUGCUUCAUUAUGGUUUACAUUUUUUUUGUAAAAGAAAGUAUGUAUUUUUAAUUAUAAAUGGUAUUGUGCAACUGUGGCUUAUUUCUAUAGCUAGUUUUGAAUAUUGAUCAGUUCAGAGAGCAUAAAAGCUCAGGGCUCUCUAGUACAAUGGCUGCUUGAUUACCCUCUAAGCAAACUUCAGUAACUAACUGUAACCCUAUACACAUCUACUGGGAAGUAAGCCUAAAUAAGAUGAAUGGGACACAUCCAGUUAAAUGAGUGUAGAUUUGUACUACUAAUGAACAUAUUUAAAGUGAGGACAAACAUUAUAAAUGAGGUGGCAGUAUUCUGAACCCACAUCUGCAGUCUCAAAGAGAUAUCCCAGGAACUGAAAUGUGUAGUCAAACCAAAUCCAGCAUGUUUGCUUAGAUGUCUCCUUCCAUUACUUAUGGGGGUAAAAAUGGGUGGGAGUAGAAGGAAUUUGUGGGAAAUGAUGUGUCUGUGGGGGGAACUGUUUGGUCUCAGAUCUCCAAAGUACACAUAAGAACUGGCAUCUAUGAACCAACAGGGCUAGCUCUGCACACAAAGCAUGUCCUACUCAUUGGUCUCUGGUGUCCAAAUAAUAUACAGUAAGCCCGCAAGUUACGUGGGAGUUACAUUCAGGGAAUGUGCCUAAAGCCAAAACUGUGUAUAGACGAAACACAUUGGGUGCUAUGGUGGGUG